AGAUCCGCAUAUGGGACUCAAUCGUCAACAACAUGGACGCUGCCAUCGAGACAGGUGUGAUCCACUUUGAUGCUGACGCAUACAUCUGCACCGCAUCGGGCAACAAGAUAUGCCGGGAUUCCACGCUCUGCUGCACCAAGAAUAUUCUCCUGCGAGGCAAGACGAUCAUCAACGCAGGCACGAUCCUGCGCGGCGACUUGGCCAAGAUAUCUUUGGGCAAGUUCUGUGUGAUUCGAGAGAAGUGCGUGCUUAAACCUCCGCCAAAGCUCCUCCCCACGGGACUCUUGUUCAUUCCACAAACGCUGGGGGAUCACGUGUACAUUGGCGAAGGGUCCAUUGUAGAAGGGGCUCGCAUUGGUUCGUGCGUGCAAAUCGGCAAGAACUGCGUGAUUGUACGACAACAUGAGUCCCCACUUGUGACGCUCACGCCGGUAGUGGUGCCGUAGGGAAAGCGAGUGAUCAUUCGCGACUGCUGCUACAUCGCCGACAACACGAUCAUUCCUGCAGACGAAAUCAUUCCCCCCUUUACUUAUGUAUGUGGGAUUCCAGCAAACUUGGACAAGGAGCUUCCCGAGGCAACGCAAGACCUGUUUAUUGGCCACAUCACGCGCUACUUUGAAAACUUUAGAGCUCGCAAGAAAUAAGCUGACAAUGUACAUAUAUACUGGUAUUAAUU